UUCUAUCAUCAUUCUACCCGCUGCUCAUCGCUGAUGGCCAAUUCUUUCCUUUGAACUUUUCGAGAGUCUUUCUUCUUCCUGAAUGAUUAUAUCGUUUACUCUUCAAUGUCUUCCCCAGUCAUCUCUCUCUUUUUCAUCCAAAUCCUUCUCGUUCUUUGCUCAGCUUCAGCUACUGAAUUCAUCUACAACACCAACUUCAGCUCUACCAACAUCCUUCUCUCCGGCAAUGCUUCCAUUGAUUCUUCCAUUCUCACCCUCACCGAUCGUCCAUCCUUCUCUGUAGGUCGAGCUUUUUACCCUUUUAAAAUACCCACAAAACCUUAUAUUUCUUCUUCUCCUUUACCAUUCUCAACCUCCUUCAUCUUCUCUAUUGCUCCUUUUAAACAUGCCCUUGCUGGACAUGGAUUCGUCUUCAUUCUCUCUCCUUUCACGGGCACAACGGGAGUUAGCUCUGCCCAGCAUUUGGGUCUCUUCAAUUUCACCAAUGACGGUAAUCCCGACAACCAUGUUUUUGGCGUUGAAUUUGAUGUGUUUAAGAACCAAGAGUUUAAUGAUAUCAAUGAUAAUCAUGUGGGUGUGGAUAUAAAUUCGCUCACUUCUUUUAGUUCGCAUGCUGCGGGUUCUUGGGUUGGGAAAGAUGAUAGGGUGUUUGAGGAUUUGAAACUUAAUGAUGGGGAUAAUUAUCAAGUGUGGAUUGAUUAUGAGGAUUCUAGAAUAAAUGUAACUAUGGCUCGUGUAGGACGAAAGAGGCCUCGGAGACCUUUGAUCAGUGAGAUUGUUAAUCUUUCCUCGGUUCUUUUGGAUGAAAUGCAUGUGGGAUUUUGUGGGGCAACAGGGCAAUUGGUGGAGAGUCAUAAAAUUUUGAGUUGGAGCUUUAGUAAUACCAAUUUUUCAAUUGGGGAUGCUUUAGUGACUUCAAAUUUGCCUUCAUUUUUACUUCCUAAAAGAUCAGUUACAAGGUCAAAAAGUUUUAUUAUUGGAGUCAGUAUCGGCGUCUUCUUUCUCACUGGCAGUGCCAGUGUAAUAUUGGUACAUUUUCUUAGAAGGAAAACUAGCAACAGAGAUGAGGAAGACACUGAGGAUUGGGAAUUAGAGUAUUGGCCACACCAAAUACGCUAUGACGAUAUUUAUGCUGCCACUAAUGGAUUUUCAGACCAAAAUGUGAUUGGGUUCGGAGGGAAUGGAAAAGUUUAUAGAGGGGUUUUACAAAAUGUAGAAGUUGCAGUGAAAAAAAUCCCUUAUGAGAGUGAGAAAGGCAUGAGGGAAUUUUUGUCUGAAAUCUCAAGUUUAGGAAGAUUGAAGCACAGGAAUGUGGUGCCAUUGAGAGGUUGGUGUAAGAAAGAGAGAGGAAGUUUGAUUCUAGUCUAUGACUAUAUGAGCAACGGAAGUUUAGACAAAAGGAUAUUUGAUGCUGGUGAGAACAAAAUUUUGACAUGGGACGAAAGAAUCAAGGUGUUGAAGGACGUAGCUCGUGGAUUAUUGUAUCUGCAUGAAGGCUGGGAAGUUUGCGUCUUGCAUAGAGACAUCAAAGCAAGCAAUGUAUUGCUCGAUAAGGAUAUGAAUGCGAGGUUGGGUGAUUUCGGAUUAGCUCGACUUUGCCAUCAUGGGCAGCUGACUAAUACCACACAAGUGAUUGGAACAGUUGGAUACAUGGCACCUGAACUAGUUCAAAGAGGGAAAGCCUCAGCUCAUACUGAUGUAUUCAGUUUUGGUGUGUUGAUUUUAGAAGUGUUAUGUGGGAGAAGACCAAGUGAACAAGACAAGCGAGGUUUGGUUGCUUGGGUUUUGAGUCUAAUGGAGAGAGGAGAAUUAUAUGAUGCUCUUGAUGAACAUUUAAAGUGGACGAGAGAUCAUGACAGUGAUGAAGCUGAGAGGGUUCUUCAUCUUGGUUUGCUGUGCACACUGCCUGAGCCUGGUGCUAGGCCUACUAUGAGACAGGUUAUGAAGGUGUUGGAAGAAGAGAGGAUGGAUCUGAGCUUGAUUGAAAAAUUAAAUUCUGCUCUCAUUUCUGCAGUAAAAGCUGGAAGUUUCAGUUACGGCAUUCAUCACCCUACAGUUGAGGAGAUUUCCCGGCCUAAUUUAUCUUUCACAGAGUUCUGUGAUUUGGAAAGUGAGAAUUAUGGAGUGGGAAAAAGGUGAAAGGGCUGAUGUUGAAUCCAAACGCCUCAAAUCAUGUAAAGCCUAAACAAGCGUUUUGAAGUCAUGUAGACUAUUGAAGCGAAUUGGAUUCAUGUCUUUAUUUAAUCACAAACAGUAACAUUUUCACCUCCAAGUUGGUCAUAUAUGUUGCUUGGAAUAGACUGUAUACCCUAUUACAUCGAACACUACAAUCCUUAUUACCAACAAGCUCAAAUAUGAUAGUUGAAUCAGGGUACUAAAGGGGGAGAAAUUAAAUAUAAAAAGUAGGUU